AUGGCUAGCCACAUCUCUGCUCCAAAGCCUCUCUCCCCGCAUGCGGCGCGUCCAUCAUGCCCUGUGGCCGCCGCAGCCCCCUCCCUCACCGCAGCCCACCCGCGCGGCCCCGCCGCAAAGAGGGGGCACAGCCGGCGGCCACCGACCCUCUUUUCGAAGUGUUCCCAGGGGUGUUCCCGGGGGGAGUCCCGCGGAGAAGGGAGGGCGAAGGGCCAGCCGGCACCUGCCGCGAGAAAAGAGCCCCCCACCCCCGAGAGGAGGAGCGCACCCCGUGGCGAUGUCCCCGCGCCGCUUCCGCCACCCCCGACACCGACCCACCGCAUCCCGCAUCCCGCAUCCCGGCCCGCUCUGCAGCGCGGAGCGGGGAAGCCGCCGCCUCGCCUCGCCCCGGCUCCCGACGCCCGCCGCAGCCCCCCCGGCCCCGCAUGGGCAACCCCCGCGCCCCCGGCUCCGCUCACCCCGCGCUGCGGCGGCCCCGCUACGGGCGGCGGUGUCCGGGCGGGCGGGCGGGCAGCGCCCCCCGGCUGGGCAUCGUGGUCCGCCCUCCGCCGCGGCGGGGAGGGCUGGCUCCGGGACUCCCUCUCUGCGCCGCCCGCCUCCUCUGCUGCCUCGUCCUCCUUGCCCCCCUUCCCACCCCGAUUCCCCCUGGCGCUGCCCGCAGGAGAAGCCGCCGCAGCUCCUUCCCCACCGCCCGCCUCUCCUCCUCUGCUUCCCCGGGCGCCGGACCCGGCUCCAGCCCCCUCCCGGCGGCGGGGCGGAGGGAGGGGACAGGGGCCGGCCGGGAGGGGCGGGCGGAAUGCAGGGGAGGGGGGAGCGGGACCCUCCGAGCCGCCGCGGUUCCCCGCGCUCGGCCCCUUUCUCCCAGGCUGUUCCCUCCUUGGGGGCUGGAGCCGGGUCCCUUCCUUGAGGGCCGGGGCUGAGUCCGCCGCCUGGGGACAUCGCUACCUGCAGUCGGCAGUGCCUGGCGGGGGUUGGAGGGUCUCCCGGCUGCUCCAGCGCCGGUCCCACCGCGGGCAUCACGCUGCUCCUGCGACUUCGCCCUGCGGCAUCACCGCGGGCGGGACUCCACCACCCGAAAAGGGAGGGAGCAGAAAAUCAACCAAGGAACAGAAGGAUGGGGUCUGGGUGACCCGUAGCGGUGUUGAUGCCUCAAAACCCUGGGGAUGCGCUGAGUUAGAGGGGUUGUCAAUGGCAGCAGGGUGGGAUGUAGAUCCUGGUCCAGAUCUUGGCAAUGCUGGCAUGCCCCCUUCCAGGGGCACCAGGCAGGACUGCUGA